UUGUUCUUAAAUAUUACUUAGAACCGAAAGGAUAACGAAGUAGCCAAUUAUAUUUAAAUUCCGCGACAAAUUUAUCUUUAAUCUGUAAUUUCAAUCUUAAGAAUUUACGCUUGAAGAUAAUUUGACAAUAAAAGAGACUUCUGAAUUUAAAACAGUCAGUAUGAAAAUGUCCAUUAUUUGAAAAACUUAAAACUGAAACUAUGUCACAUGAAGAAAAAUAUAAAAGUAAAGAAACCAAAAAUGAAACGGUGUGUGAAAUUAAAGACGAAAAACUGGAACUUGAGUCUCCACCAGAUCGGUUCCAUCUAACUUACAUUUUAUUUUUCUUCCUGGGACUUGUUCAUUUCCUCCCUUGGAGCUUUUUUACCACUGCAACUGAAUUCUGGAUGUACAAAUUCCGAAACAUUUCAAUUAAUGAAACCAAUUCGGAACAUCGUACAUACCUUCAAGCAGAAUUUAAUGCUUCAAUAAACAUAACUUUGCAAAUAACAGAAGUCGCUUUCUUGAUCUUGGGAGUUUUGUUCGGCCAUCUUAUCAGAGUUAGAGUGCGGUUGAUUGGAAUUUUUUCAAUAAUAUUUGCACUUUUUGUGAUUUUGUGUGUUUUUGUUGAAAUCGACACAGAUUCCUGGCAAGAAGAGUUUUUCGGGCUGGUGAUGGUGAUUACAGCUGGAAUUAACUCAAUGAAUGCCGUUUUUACAAUCACUAUAUACACGGUUUUGGCCAACUUCCCUCAAACCUAUUUAGCUCCUUACUUGACAGGUGGUGCUAUAUCCGGCAUAACCACUUCAAGUCUGCAAAUUCUCACUUUGGCAUCUGGUUUGUCAGUACUAGACAGUGCCUUAUUGUAUUUUUCAUUGGGUGUUGGAGUGAUUGGGUUCACAUUAAUUUUUAUAAUUUUCACGACUAGUCAAAGUAAAUUUUAUUUAUAUCACAUGAGAAACUAUGUCGAUGGUUCAAAAGAAAAACGAGUCACUUUUAAAGAAGGCUUUCGAUUGUUAAAAAUUAUUUGGUCACCGAUUGCUGCUAUGGGAUUUCUUUUCGUGUCAUUGGACGCUUCUCCAACGGCUUUGGUCGUGUCAGAGGGAGAAGGACAAGGGCCUUGGUACGACACUUACUUUAUUCCGGUUAUAACCUACUGGUUAGCAGGAGUUUGCAAUUUGAUUGGACGAAAUAUAGCAUUUACAUUUGAUCUUAACCUUAACAAUGUCGGUUGGGUGGUUCUAGCUGCAGUAAGAAUGGUUAUUUUUGUACCAUUGUUCAUAUUUUCUAACGCCCAACCACGUCACCAUUUACCAGUGUUACUACCUCAUGAUUACCAAUAUAUUAUUUUUGUGAUAUUUUCGAAUAUUUCUGGGUCCUAUAUAAUGGGCCGAACUUAUUUCACUAUCAAAAAAUUGGUUACUCAGGAUGAACUUAAAGAUGCGUAUCACGUCAAUAUGGUUAUGAUAGGACUACAGAUGGGCGUGUUUUCUUGUAUCAGUAUGAUUACUGUGAACCUUUUGUAAUUGAGCUGUUUUAAGCUUGUAUUAGAUCUUAACUUAUGCACUAUAGUUUAAUAUUAUUUUAAGAUACAUUUUUGAUUAUUAAACACCAUCCAAGUUUUUUUCCAAAUUCAUGAUAUUCUAAUAUUUUUUUAAUUACUUGUUUGGUACACAUGUAUUAAAAUAAAAAUAUAUUGGGACUAUGCAUUUAAUAUAGUGUUCAGCUUGUUAUUUUGUACUUUGGGAUUACAACAAUUAAAAUAUGGUCAAGUCGGGUAUUGAGAAGUUGGAAAACGCACAAUUUUCUUGUUAAGUAAUUGAAUAAUAAUAAAAAAUUUCAAUGAAACAUUUUUUUUCUAAAGAUGUGUUUUCCACGGGCGUAGACUACAUGUGUGCUUCGGGGCAGAUGCACCUGUUGAAAUUCUUUAAUGGGUGUGGGCAUCCACUGAAAAUAAUGUACUCUUGCUUAUGGUAAAAAAUUAUAAUAUAAUAAUCUUUUUUUAGUAACGUUGCAUUUUUUAAAAUCACUUUUAAUGUCAAAGAUGUUUUAAUUUUUCUAUUAUUCUUUCCUCUUCAAGAAAAUGGAUCAAAUUCAUCGCUUACAUUGUUCUAUUUUGU